AUGAAGAUCGCUCUGGUGCUGGCGGCCACUUUGGUGGCGGUGGUGAGUGGUGGCGUCAUCCACGGCCACGCGCCUCCACCACCCCCACCACCUCCACCCCCACCACCACCACCCCCACCACCACCUCAGCACGAGAUCAUCUACGACUAUGUGGCCCCAGCUCACUACCAGUACGACUAUGCUGUGAAGGACUCCCACACGGGAGACCACAAGGAGCAGUGGGAGACUCGUGAGGGGGACACGGUGCGUGGAGCGUACAGUCUGGCCGAUGCGGAUGGUACCAUCCGAAUCGUCGAGUACACCGCCGACCCCCACAACGGAUUCAACGCCGUCGUCAAGAGGGUGGGACACCCCCUGCCGCCGCCCCCACAGCCGCCCACGCUGCCGCCGCCACCACCACCCCCACCGGCGCCCCACGGCCCGCUGCCGCUGCCCGUCCACCCCUGAGGAUGAGCACCGACUCCGACAUCGGAACACUGAAACCGACGACCCAGCGCGUUCAUCGGCCACCGAGAAUAUUUCUUCUUCCUUCUCUUCCUUAUCCCUUUCUUACUCGCUUAUACAGCUACCGCUGACGCUAAAAAAACUCAUGUGUGAUACGUGUGUGUGACAAUCACGCCAGGGAACUGUACAUAUCGACGACUCCAUGCGAUGAUAUAAUGACAGACGUGAAUUGUUAUUGUAUUUAUUUGUUGAUACAUUGAACAAAGUAACAGUUAAGUAGUUUUUUAUAU